AAAAUAGCCACAAUCAAGAUAAGACACUUGUGGAGAACUCGUGCUAUAGUGUUCCAUAUUUGUGAGGUGCAGCCACAAGAGAAGAUAUAUAUUAUUAUCAUUACAUAGACACACUUUAUUCUUCAAAGUUCACCAAAAUAUUGUCCACCCCAUUAUUUGUCUUCUCAUUCUCAUCACUAACACACAAGUGUGUGUUGUAGAUUUCUCAGCUUGCAACAUGGCUUCCAUCAUCAUGUCAUUUGCUCCAGCAACUGGUAGAGUCUUUGCAGCCACAGCGGCAAAGGGUGCUGGUGGAAGCAAAGAAGAGAAGGGUCUUCUUGAUUGGAUCCUUGGAGGGUUGCAGAAGGAAGACCAGCUGCUAGAGACUGAUCCAAUCCUCAAGAAGGUGGAGGAGAAGAAUGGAGGCACCACCAGCAACACUGGCCGCAACAAGAACUCUGUGGCAGUGCCACAAAAGAAGAAAGGUGGCUUUGGAGGCCUCUUUGCGAAGAACUGAAGGAGCAGUGAUUUAUUACCUUAUAUUUGUUUUACCUGUUUUUUUUUUCUCAAAUGCAUGCGUUGUUGUCUUGUCCACUUAGAUUCCAACCUCUUGAUCUUAUGGAAUACUUUAUGUCUGGCUCUUCUGGAUCAACGUAUUUACAGAACUAUAUGAUUCAUUUUGGAUCAGUUACUGGCCAGGUACAAUUUGUUAAUUGACAAUUUGAUAUAUUUGGAGAUUUUUGGUAAUUUACUUUA